CAUGGAUUCUUCCCCCGCCGUGGGGCCACCAGCCCGGCAGUGACUCAACGUCAUGACAUGCUCCUGUCAGCCAGGCACUGAGAUAUCACAGCAAGCUUUUAAAGAAGCUAUCCUCAUACCUCUGCUGAAGUGAGAAUGGUACAUGAUACACUGCACAGAUCCUCUUGGACCAGGUAAGAUACUAUGUUUUUUAAUCUUAAAUCAAGAGAUGAGUCCUCUGGAAAAGAAUUAUGCCUCUUUGUCUUCAAGAAACUACAUAGAAUCUCUUAGACACUGGCAGCAAUGUUACCACAGAGAUUUGACCUGCCCUAUCUGCCUCCAAAAGGCCAAUUUCCCAGUAGAAACCAACUGUGGACAUUUAUUUUGUGGUUCCUGUCUGAUUGAAUACUGGAAGCAUGGAUCUUGGCUAGGAGCAAUAAACUGUCCACUCUGUAGACAGAAGGUUAUUCUCCUUUACAACAUUUCUUGUGAAAAUCAGCAGGACAAGCGAAGCAAACAAAUUGUGUAUGACAUCAGAGAAUACAACAAACGUUUCUCAGGACAGCCUCGGCCUUUUGCAGAUUACCUCUAUGACAUGCCACUACUUCUCAACCUUGCCAUACGAGGAAUUUUCACCUUGGGUGGUCUUGUAUGGAUCUUCUUCCUGAGAGUUGUCAUCUGCUCUUUUGGAACCAUUAUGUGCUUAACUUCUCCAUUUGAAAUGAUGCCAGAACCUCUUUGUGGAAUCCUGGGUGCAGUUGAUGACCUGGUUGUUGUGUUCCUACUUUUAAUUUGUAUGAUAAACAUUUGCUCACAAAUGGAAUCAGGAGGAGCAAAUUUGGCAAACUCUACAACACAAAAUAUCUUGUUGGAAUCUUGAUGGGUUAGAGCACUGCUUUUUCCUAAAUGAAAACUGAUUAGACUAUGAUGAGGUCUCCUGAUCUUUGGAAGCAACAAGGAUAAUCUUAGUUUCGAAGAGUUUCAAGGAUUGAUAUACCACGCUAGUGCUUACAGAAAAUAUGUUGGAUGGAGACUCUAAUGGUAAUCACGGACUAAGACCUAAUGAUGUCGGUGAGGUUGUGUUUUGUUAAAAAAAAGAAUUUUGCACCUGUGUAUUUUUGACUUACGACAGGUGCAAGAAUUACAGCUCAACAACUCUGAUAUUGCUAGAAAAACAAUUCAGUGCAUGGGAAACUUGUAAAUGUUGCAACUUCUAUUACAAUGGUAUCUACAAAGUAACCUCCAUGGGAUAGAAAUGCAGAAGAAAGGAAACUGUCUAUUGUGCAGCUUAGGGGAUAUUAAACAGUUUAGUAAACCAAGAUGGUCUUGGGAUUCCAUAUUUGUGCCAAACACAUGUACAAUGAUUGCAAUUUGAAUAGGUUUGCCAACAGUUUUUAACAGUCACAAUGUUACCCAGAAUCAAACUACAAUUCAAAAUUGAAGAAAAAACCCUAAAACAAAACCCAGAAACCCAAGAAUGAAAUGAAAGGGAUUAGAAGGAUCGGACAAAGAACCUGAGCACAUUAUUGUCUGGUUCUUCUGGAAAUGAGCAGGCACUGCUCUUUUAAAAUCACUUGCUCAUGCUGAGCUCCAACUUUGUUCUCAAGAAGGGCUUCUUGUACACUGUUUUCAUACACAUCCUUGUAAUAUAUAUAUACAGUAUAUAAAACAUAAUCAAAUGCAUACAUGCACACACACACCUGUGUAUACUCUCAAUGUUACUUGUUCUUUGUUUGGGCUACAGAAUGAGUAUUGGGAAUUCAGUUUUAUCUAUUAGAUGGACAUAAGAAUUUGUGUGUGAGUGUUGUGAAAUGUAUCAAUAUAUAUUUAUCAUUCCAAAACAUUGUAAAACUUGAGUGGGUUUUUUUGCAAAUGUGUGUGCAUCCACCAAGAUUAAAAAAAAAAGUUCCUUUGAAAAAUGUGUUAAAGAGACAGCAAACAGUAAAAAAGGCAAGACAGACAUAUAGAGCAACCCUAAGCAGAGUUGCAGCCAGUGUGCUUAGAAGGGUAUAACUCUAUAUAAGAUUGCACUGAUAUUGUUUGUAGUAGAGUCCUACUCUGGGCAGCGACUGUAGGCUACCUAUUAACACUUAUUUUCUGUUUCCCUGCUUCAUGACUGGAGUCAGUAAGGACAGCAAAAUCAAAUCUUACUAUGUUUCUUUUGUACCAAAGAGCCAGUUUGGUGUAGUGGUUAAGAGCAUGGUACUCUAAUCUGGACAGCCGGGUUUGAUUCCCCACUCCUCCACUUGAAGCCAGCUGAGUGACCUUGGGCUAGUCACAGUUCUCUGGAGCUCUCUCAGCCCCACCCACCUCACAGGGUGUUUUUUUGUGGGGAUAGUAGUGACAUACUUUGUAAACUGCUCUGAGCGGGUAUUAACUUGUCCUGAAGGGUGGUAUAUAAAUCGAAUGUUGUUGUUGUUGUUAUUAUUAUUACCCCAGGGUAAGGUUGAGAGUUCUGAAAAAUCAGUAUCACAUAGAAGCACCUCUAGCAUCCAUAAUCAUUCAUUUUAACCCUCAGAGGGACUUGAAAGUAUAGGAAAUGCUAUAGACUCGAGGGACUUCCGGUUUGGGAUUAAUGGCGAUCUGAAGUAGCCUAGGGAGCUGGGCUAUCUGAGAUACUAUUUUUGGGAAGCGAGGCACUUGAACGCCUGCUACCAUCCCCUCUUCAGGGAGAAGGGGGUCUUGAACGCUAUGCGGCCCCGAGAGUGUGUGAUCUCGGCAACGGGGGGUUCUGAAUCAAGGAUUCUCCCCACCACCUUGAGGUCCCCUUGGAGAAGGGCAAGCUACUAACUC